UCUCCGCGAGGUGGCCUGGUCUUUUAGCAGCGUCCUGCACCAGGACCCAUGCGUGGACCAGUGUGAUCUCUGAUGCUACCGAGAAAGCGAGAGGGGAGUGGUCCGUAUCUUGCCGCCGGUUCGGUACCGACUCUAAAGACGAGUCCACGUUACCGUCAAAACUGUGCGCCUUGGAACGGCAAGUUUAUCUUCUGUAAGGUUCGGGGCCGGACGCCUGCGCAGACUGUGGCGUCCGAGCCAUGACGUCCGAGCAUCUGCCAGCAGAGGGAGCGCUGUCGGCCCCCCCUGGCCCACCUCACAAGGACGAGCAGAGAAAGCCCAACUAUACCCUCAGACUUACUCUUGCUGGGCACUCGGCGGCCAUCUCGUCAGUUAAAUUUAGUCCAAACGGAGAAUGGCUGGCAAGCUCCGCAGCUGAUACACUAAUUAUAAUUUGGGGAGCAUAUGAUGGGAAAUGUCAGAAAACGCUCCGUGGUCACAGUCUGGAAAUAUCAGAUGUUGCCUGGUCUUCAGAUUCUAGUCGUCUCGUCUCCGCCUCAGACGAUAAGACUCUAAAAUUAUGGGAUGUGAGAUCUGGGAAAUGUUUGAAGACACUGAAGGGGCACAGUGAUUUCGUCUUCUGCUGUAAUUUCAACCCACCAUCCAACCUCAUCGUUUCCGGAUCUUUCGAUGAGAGUGUGAAGAUAUGGGAGGUGAAAACGGGAAAGUGCCUCAAGACUUUGUCUGCUCACUCAGACCCCAUUUCUGCCGUACAGUUCAAUUGUAACGGGUCCUUGAUAGUGUCAGGGAGCUAUGAUGGUCUUUGUAGAAUCUGGGAUGCUGCAUCAGGCCAGUGUUUAAAAACACUCGCUGAAGAAGGUAACCCUCCCGUGUCUUUUGUAAAAUUCUCUCCAAAUGGUAAAUACAUUCUUACCGGAACUUUGGACAAUACUCUUAAACUGUGGGAUUACAGCAGAGGCCGAUGCCUGAAGACAUACACGGGCCACAAGAAUGAGAAAUACUGUAUAUUUGCCAGUUUCUCCGUUACUGGUAGAAAGUGGGUUGUUUCUGGGUCAGAGGACAGCAUGGUUUACAUCUGGAACCUUCAGACGAAAGAGAUUGUACAGAAGUUACAAGGUCACACGGAUGUCGUGAUCUCAGCAGCUUGUCACCCUACAGAAAACGUCAUUGCCUCAGCAGCAUUAGAAAAUGACAAAACAAUUAAACUGUGGACCAGCGACUGCUAAGGUCUCCGGCAGUCGAUGAGUAAAGCCAGAUAAAAACAAAAUUGAAAGGGUGUAGUCUUAAUUUUUGGCAUGGUUUUGUGGUUCUUUUCAAAUUUGUCUUUGAUUCGUAUGGGUUUGAGACAUUUUAAUUUGCAAAAUGAGACCACUGUAAAAGCAAGUCUAGGACCUAGGGCUUCUGAUUCCUAAUCUCGAGGCCUGUUGGGAAUCUCUUAUGUUCACCUCUUUCUUUCAGUAGCUUUCCAGAGGGGGAGGGUUUUUUGAGUAUCCAGAAGGUUGGCAGAACAGGAUGACUGAGGGGAGGAGGGACUUGCAGCUUCUGGUUUGGGAGGCCAUUAAUUUUAAGGACACUGACAAAAAGACAGUGAGAGGAUUGGAGAUGUUAUUCUACAGAUGGGACAUCAAAUUGCCAAAUUAAUCUAUCAAUUUGGGGUCAUGGUCAGGUUUGUUUUAUGAAUCUUAACACUCAUCAUCAUGUGUGUUGUGAAGGUCAGAGGACAACUCUCAGGAGUAGGUUCUCUCCUUCCAUCCCGGGCUCCAAGUAGUGAAUUCAGGUCAGGCUUUUCCGGUAGGAGCCUUUAUUCACCAACUCUUACAGACCCUUAAAUUAAAAGAUUCUUAAAUUUAAAGAAUCUCAGAUUGUUUUUGAGACAGGGUCCUACUAUGUCGCCGUGUAGGCCUGGCUUCCAGUAAACCAGGGUGAUCUCCAACUCAUAGAGACCCACCAGCCUUUGCCUCCUCAGGAAAAAAAA